UUUUUUUUAAAUGAAGUUUGGCUCAGUUUGUGUUAUGAAGCUUCGAGUUGUGUGACUGUUGGUGUGAAUAAGAUGGUGUUUGGAAGUGGAACCAGAUUAACCAUUGAACCCAGGGACGAUUACGAGCCGUCCUACUAUGAACUGGGAGACGUGAACGGAACCAGCAGGGCGUGUCUGGCCACUGGUUUCAGCCGGAGCAAUGCGACCCUCCAGAACGAGCUGUUUAGAAACAGCAACAGCAGCCGGGCCGUCCGGGCGUCGGGCGACUCGCUGCACAGUGAAGUGCUUCUGCUGUCAGAGACUCACACAGGAAAGUGUGAGAACGGUACAUAUGAAAAUAAAUCUUGUGUCGAGACUUUGGACAAAGAUGUGACGGUGAACACGGUGUCCCUGCUGGUCGUGGCGCUGCGACUCCUCUUCAUCAAGACCGUUGUGUUCAACGUGCUGAUGACGCUGCGGCUGUGGCUCCGUCACUGAGUCGCACAAAUCAACACAACCUGUAAAUUCAACCACAUCUUAGCUUCUUAACUUUUAUUUUGAUAAUCAUUUUCAAACACAAAGACAAAUCCGGCUUCAGUCAGUUUCCUCUUUUUCUCUUUCAUUCAAUUUAAGUUUUGUUUCUUUGAAAAUGAAACUUUCUCUUUUCAGUUUUAUGAAUUUCAAACUUUAACAGAUUCAUUUUAGGAUUAAAGUUUCUUAACGUAGAUUUUAUUUUUAUUCAACAUUAAGAUAAAAUGAAAUUUUUCAUUUUAUUUCCAUAAAGUUCUUGUAACUUGUGUUUUUUUAUUCUGUUUAAAUAUAUUUAAUUUUUC